GCGCGCCGGUGCUACGGCCAGUGGGCACGGGUAUCUGUAAAUGGCGCCUAGCCGCGAGCGUCGGCACGUCACGGACUUGUCUUUCUCUCUCUCUUUCUUUCUCUUCCUUUCGCCCCGUCGUUCGUUUUCGACGGUAGUAGUCCCUGGUGCGAGAAGCGGGCCUGCCGCGCGCGUAAGUCCGCGGUGAACGCCUCUUUUUCCGAGAAUACGAAAUACCAUCCGGAACCCGUGGUGUCGUGCGAGGUGCGAUCGCAAGUGAUCGCGAGUGCGUGCAUCGUCUACGAUCUCUCUCUCUCUCUCUCUCUCUCUCUCUCUCUUUCUCUCUCUCUCUCUCUCUCUCCCCCCUCCUUCCUCUCUCUUCUUCUUCCUACUCCUCCGUCUCCUCUUCGCAUCUUCCGGCCCGCUACCUGCCUCCUCUUCCCCUCUCCCUUCCUUUCUUUCUCUCUCUUUUACUCGCCGCCAACGAGACGUGUCCCGUGCGCCGUGUUCGCUUCGUGUGUUUCCUCCGCGAUUCGGAGUAAUCGUGGAUCUCUCUCUCUGGUGUGUGCGCGUCAAUGCUCAGUGGCGCCCUUCGUCGAAUUCGCGUGCAGGCAACAUGGAGGAAGGUGCGGUGGUGCUACGAUAGUGGUUUCCAAGCGCGGAGAGUGCUACGCGACGACGACGACGACGACGACCGCAGCGCCGUCGCGGUGCCUGGAACGACGUGUGUAUCAACUCCUAUCGUCUGCUACCGCUGCUACUCCGCUUCCUUGCCCGUCGUCUCCUCCGCUUCCUCCUUUUCCUCCUCCUCCUCCUCCUCUUCUUUCUUCUCCUCUUUCUCCUCCUUCUCUCCUCCGUCACCUCCUUCGGCCACCUCUCGCGUCUCCUUCCUCCUCGCGUCUCUUCUUCCUCCUUCCUUGGUGACUACAACGACGACGACGACGACGACUACGACGACGACAACGACGACGGCAGUAGUGGAGGCGACAGUAACAGCAACAACGAGUCAAAGCGCCGCCGCCGGUUUCCUCGCCUUUGUUCGGACCGGCGAUCACGUCGCCGUGGAUCCUACAGAAUAUUCAGUGGAGACGCGAAACAAUUAAAGAGGAGACGACGAGUGUCCGCCUAAAAAGAGAAUUUUCGGAGGAGGAUGCUUGGCAGUUGGGGCUGGGGAGAAGAAUUGGAGUUGGGAGAGGGUACGACAACCCCGUCGCGAGAGAGACAAAGACGAGAGAGCCCAGACUCGACGCAUCCUGUCCCCGACAGUCGGGUGCUGAGGUAUGCACCCAGCCGGUGUCACCACCCUCCCAGCUACAGCUCGCCACAUUUCAGCACGCAGCUUCCUCUCGACUGUACGGACUAGCAGCGUGAGGUGGCUAAAAUGCUGACUGCUCACCCCGAGAUGCACGAGAAGCGGGAUGGCCUCGGCAGCGGGCAAUAUGGGACAGGCGGGGGUGGUGGUACUUCGAUUGAGGAGAAACCUAUUCCGGAACAACCACCCCCGCCUCCUGCACCGCCGCAACGAGACCCAUCGGAUCCCACUAUCAGCGCUAAAAAGCUUCCAAAGAAACGAAAAUUUGAUCCAUCCGAGCUCGAAGAGAUGGACAAGACCAGCAAUGUCACCAGCAACAUCAACAAUAUGGUCCACAUACGUGCGCCCGCUAUACCACUUAGCGGUCAGCCGGUUUUAGGACAACAAUCCAGCUUACUAACUACCAACAGCCGGCAGUCGCCGCAACAACAGGAGUCUGAUUGUUAUCAAAUUCCCUCGGCUCAUUCGGUAGUAGUGGUACCUACUCAAAACACAGCGGUGGAUUAUUCUUCGCAAAACACAGCGGUGGAUUAUUCUCUCCGUGAGGAACCUUCACGUUCUCGUCCUCGGCUUGCUAUUGAUCUCAGUGAGUGGCGCGAUCAUAGAGUGUUAGCUUUAAGGGAUUUAUAUUAUUUCCCGGGUGUUAUACGUAACGUUGUUCACGGUGAUAUUUUAAUUGAGUUCGACGGCGAAAGGAAGUUAGUGCGUUAUAGUGACGUUUUGGGUGCGAGAAGGUAUGACGUGAUUGGAGAUGCAAGCCCGUCUCUGGGACAGGUAACUUUGGAUACGAAGGUUUGCAUCAGAUGUCCGACUACGAACAGUCACGUGGACGCGACAAAAGUGUUUGUAAAGGGGACAGUGUGCAAGAUAUUAACAAAGCCUUAUCGUUUUGUUGUAAAAAUACCGCGAGAAGACGAUCAGAGUGAUAGUUAUAUUGUGAAACGCGCGGACCUGCGGCUAGUACAGCCACCAUGGGCGGAUGAGUUGGAGGAGGGGCUGGAAGAAUGCGAUCCUACAAGAGUCGAGAACAUUGAACAUGGGUAUCGCAAUACUACGGAAGCUCCGACAGCAGUGCCAAUUUUGCAAAUCCAUCAUACUUCUCAUCACACAUCGCAUAUAUCGAGUCAUAAUGACACGAGCUAUUAUAGAACGACCGGUACCAGUCCUCUCAUGACUUUAGGCACUUCUGCGCAUUCUGCCACGGCGUUAAGUAAUGGCAGUCGGCCGUACGAUGAUUUAGAAAGUGAAGAUGACUUAGACAGAGAAGAUAUUACAUUUCCCUCGGACGCAGAUGCAAAAUUGUCAGGAAGCAGCAAAAGAAGCAGCAUGCAGAGCCGAGGAAGUACCAGUAGCCUAGUUGAACAACGUAGUAUAACGCCUCGUUCUCAGGCAGCCACACCUCGAUCUCAGGCGGCAACGCCACAUAGGUAUAAAAAGGGUGACAUAGUGGUUACACCAAGUGGAAUAAGAAAAAAAUAUAAUGGCAAACAAUGGCGUCGACUUUGUAGUAAAAAGGACUGUAACAAAGAAAGCCAACGAAGAGGAUACUGUUCUCGUCAUCUUAGCUUAAAAGGAUCUGGUCUCAGAGGACCAACAAACACAUUUCCUGGUGGUAAAAUGGACGGCGAAGAAACCUCGAGAGAUUCUGAUACCUCACCCAAUUACGUUGAUAGAAGAAUAGCGGGUAGAUUCGAUCAAGACGAAACUGAAGCUGCUAAUAUGCUUGUGUCUUUGGGGAGCUCUAGAUCGGCCACACCAGCUUUUUCGUCACCGACGGGGCAGUCUUCUAUUUCUCCAUGUAUAAAUCAGUCACCGGUGCCACCAGUGGGAUUCAAUCAGAAUAAUGUUUUUAUGCCUAUUUCAAGCCCCGCUCAUCAUGCGACUCCACUGAUCUCGCCUGGCGCAAAAUGGAAGCACUCACCUACACAAUCCAACUUUUUGGUUCAAUAUCCGCAACAAGUUAUAAAACCCGAGCCGAAUCGAGUAGAUAGAAAUCGACCGAUCUCGAUAACUGGUACGAUUCCUACCAGUUUAGGGACAAGCGUAAUAAGAAUUUCCCCGGUGAGCCGUAGCAUGCAACCUGGACAGAAUCCGACUAUGUCGUGGUCGGAACAGAGUCCGCCACCGACGAGACAUCCUUCGGUUGUGACGUCAAUUGCUCAGCAACAGCAAAAUAUAAUUUUGCAACAUGCAUUAACAUCGAGCAACGAUUUUCCUAACCAGACCGAGAUACCUGAACAGAGUCCGCAGUUGAUAAAACCGCCGCAUUCGCCCCAUAUGUCUCUGCCUACUAUCCCAGUACCGCAGAAUUUGACGCUCGUACACAAAUCGCUGGAACAACCAGUUGACUACGCACAGUCGCCGCAAUCCCAGGGCCAGCCGAUUUACGUGAUGCAACAUGAAAAAAAGUAUCUCGUGAUAAAGAACAGUAUGGAUAUGUCGGCACCAACGAGCGCACACAUUAGCAAUCAGGACGAUAAAUAUCGGCAGGGAUUAAUUAAUCAUCCGGGCCAACUGCCAGUAUCCACGUUGCAUCAAGUUCAAUGUCAACAAGCUCCUCAGUCACCCAUGAUUUCAUCCGUCCACGUUGACAAACUGUCUGUUUUGCAAUCUGUGAGUAAAGUGAAUACACACACGACCGUGCAUAUGGAUAUGCAAAGAAAUCAACCACCACCUACGAGUGCUGUAAUGACAUCCACCACAGAGGCGUCCAGUCCGUCUACUCCGACAAGCGUCUUCCAGCACGUAAUUGUUCAGCCAGGACAUUUGGUGCAAAUUCCAAAAACCCAAUCUGUUAGAGAAGAGAAUGCAAAAAAUAACGGUAUCCUCUAUGGCAGCCACGAAGUUCCUCCUGCAUACCAGCCCCAUCCCCCAUCAUUACCGAAUAAUGCAGGACGCAGCUGGAAAAAAGCUUUUUCCUGGCAGACAACAAUUCCGGAAUCAGAGGUGAGCCCUCCUCCUUCUACUUUGAGUCCACCCCUGAGUGCCCCUCCGGCACCCCAAAGUAAAGGUUCUGCUGAAGAAGGCCUUGGUACUGGUUCAGAUCCCAUAACACCUGCUGAAGAAGAGGAUGAUGAUGUUUUUGAACCAGAACCAACUCCACCUGCAGAAGUGGAAGCUAACGCUAAUAAAAGACGCAGUCAAUCGCUCAGUUCUCUGCAGCCGCAGACUCCACUAAAAGCUAAAGACAGAAUACGUCGACCCAUGAAUGCAUUCAUGAUUUUUUCAAAACGGCAUCGUGCCGUUGUGCAUCAACGUCAUCCGAAUCAGGAUAAUCGUACCGUAUCCAAAAUAUUGGGAGAAUGGUGGUAUGCUUUGGGACCAGAGGAAAAACAAAAGUAUCAUGAGCUUGCUUCGGAAGUAAAAGAAGCACACUUUAAAGCACAUCCAGACUGGAAAUGGUGCAGUAAGGACAGACGAAAAUCGUCAACAAACAGUUUUAAAGGAAAUGAAACGGGAAGGGCAAAGUUGAAUAGUACGGGAGAAGAAGAAACCCCUUUACAAGGUUCUUCAUCGGAAGAUCCAUUACCGAUUACAUCUGCAGAUGAAAUAUCUACUCCAAUCACUACCACAUAUAAUGAAACUUCCACUAAUAUUGAGAUUAUGAACCAGUCGCACACACAGCAUAGAAUUUCGGAAAUUCCUUUGCAAAUCGAAAACGCGGAGGACAUUAAGCAGGACGACGACGCAAAUGGAUCAGAUGACGAUCAGAUGGUUAUCUGUGAAGAUCCUCAGCCAGAAAUAGAUCUGAAGUGUAAAGAUAAAUUGACAGACAGUGAUAACGAUGUGCAAGACGAAGAUUCAGAAAAGAAAUGUUACAAUCAAUCGCAAUUCUCGGCGACAAGUGGUCAAAAGAGGGAAGCGAUAAAUGUUAAACAGGAAAUAACAUGCAGGCCUAAACCAAUAAAAGCACGGAUGCCCUCAACAGGUAUAGAAUCUACAACAAAAUAUCAUCAUACUUCCAUGGAUAAAGGCAGUACUGUAUCUGUUUUGUCGAGUACGUAUCCUUAUCACAGUCCUGUUAAUCCAACAGGAGUAUCAGGAUUUCAACCUACCGGUGGCGCUUUUAUAACUAUGCCAAUAUCGCCGAAAGUUAUUAAACCGGAACCAGUAAAGGGCGAGCAGCAGUACAGCACACAGUAUAGUGUAAAUAAUCUUGUGAACAUCCACACUGAGAAUGGACGGAACAUAACUAAAUUUACAGCAGCUCCGGUAUUACAUACUAUUGGAUCGAAACCUAUGAUGGCGCUGUUAAAACAACAGCAGCCGUUGCAGUCUUUAGGCACUACUCUUCGUCCCUUUACUUCAACUGUCCCCUAUCAACCACCGCUCACUCUAACAUUGCUCGAUAACGAUUUGGUGGCUGUUUCCAAACCGCAGCAGGGAUCGCAGUACCUUAAUCCGACUCCACCGCAUUCCCGGAUGUACGGUGGAUUUCAAGUACCCAUCACUGACGCUGGUGCUCUUAGCCGCAACAAUUUGGUAUCCGUACAGAAUUUGGUUUCAAACAACAAGAUGGAAACUCAAAGCGUGAUCGUGAGCAAACCUUAUUCUACAACGUUAUCGACAAUCUCCCCUACGACUUACCGAGGAAUUAACCAUUCCAUUGCUCGUCUGGCAGAACCCGAGAACAAUGACAAUCAAUUGACUACGAAUCACACUCAGUUUUAUGUCAGUAAUAUAAAAACGGAAGACAGAAAGGGUACUGUAAAUAUUGCUCUUCCCACAUCAAAUGAGAUACAUAAGCAACCAUCGACGCCUCAUACGCCUCAUACACCUCAGAAUAACCAUGGAAAUAGUGAUCUGUCGAAUAAAUCAUAUGCAUUUGAUGAAAAUCAAAGUAAUGAUACAGGACCAAGUAAGGGUCCAUUUAUGCUUGCUCCGACUCCGGCACAACUUGGUCGAGCACCACUGCAAAGGAGACAAUCAAUGGCAAUGCCUCCCGCAUCAACUGCAGGAGACCAUGGGCCAAUGGCAACACCUCAACAUUGUGAUAAUCGACCACAAACAAGUACAUCUCAAAUGACAGAGCAAACACAACAACAAAAUUUGACAGAAUCUCAUACUUCUCCUUCUCCUUCUACAAAGAAGGGUUCUUUCUUUAAGAAAAACGUGGAGGAUGGUAUGGAUAGAGUUCUCGAACAAGUAAAUUUUCAAGAAAAAUUCUCAUCGUUACCGGAAUUCAAACCAGAGGAUAUACAAAGCCCGAGUGCGAUCAGUAUAAAUACCCCGGGUUCAUCUAGCCACAGCAGUGCAGCUUCUAUAUUACAUCCGCAAACACCUAUGCAGAUGCCAAGUUAUCGAAAGAAAUCAGCGCAAGGACCUCAUAGGCCCACAAUGAAUGAGGAUGAAAUCGACUCAGACACACCGAUAUCCGCUACUCCAAAGUCUGUUCCGAGUGUUAACACUCGGACUCUGACAGGGAACACGUUCUUUGGUCCUGAUUUUAACGUUGAUGCUUAUAGAGCUAACAACGAUCUAAUGGAUGUCGAUGCCAGUUCUCCACGUACGCCGAAAACUCCUGGGAGCAAUGCUGGAAAUGCUGUGUUGGGAAUCGGUAGAAGUGACAACGAGCGUGGCCAUAGGAAGAUGUUGGAGCAACGGAGGCAAUUGGUCAUGCAGUUGUUUCAGGAGCACGGAUAUUUUCCAUCUACGCAAGCGACUACCACAUUUCAACUUAAUCAUAAGGAUAUAUUUCCUACUAAGACUAGUUUACAAUUGAAAAUUCGAGAGGUGAGACAAAAAUUAAAAGCCAAUUCGACGCCGAGUGCUAACAAUCUCGUUAGUCCAUUGCCAGCCUCUGAAUCUUCUCCUGUAACUGGUUCAACUGCUCCUCCAACAUCGAUAGGAGCCCCACAUUCACUGCCUGUAAGCAGUAGUGGUAGCUAGCACCCACGUGCCAACUGUGAUACUAUGCAUCCCCUUACUCCACAACACGAAUACAUCAUUAUACUUUGAAGAGCGAAGUGUUUACUAGAAAAGUCAUUAAUGCACACUCUCUUUGGGAUUUGUAAAGUACUGCGAAAGGCUUUAGUGCAAUGUUAAUUACGAUAAAGUCUAAGUGCAGAUGACUUUAGAGGGCAUAUUGAGACGUGUCAAUAUAUAAAUGUCAAUGAUAAUUGACUUUGUAUAUAAUAUAGAGCAAUUAAUUAUUUGAAAAUAUCAGCUCUUUCGAAAAAGACAAAGACAUGCCGCCUCCUAAAAACUAUUAUAAAUUUCAUUUUUAUAUCUAUUUUGAUGAUUGUUAAGAAAACUUGUUUUCAAGGAAAUAACAUUUUUACCCAUUGUAAAAUUAUAAUUCGCAUUUUAUUGUGCAUUCUUAAUUAUGUAAUUGAUAUUUGUACAUCAACACGUCUUGCGUGAUUCAUGAAAGGCCUAAGCCAUUGUUAAAUAUUGUUGAAAAUAUGAAAAGAGAGAUAGGCAGAGAGAGGGAGAGAGAGAAAGAGAGAGAAAAUUGUAAUUGAAAGCAUUAUGAAACAUAGAAUAACAAAACAUUAUGAAAUUAAAUCAGAGUUUAUAUAUAUAUAAAUAUAUACUUUAGUUAUACUUUAUAUAUAUAUAUAUAUAUAUAUAUAUAUAUCAUGCAUAAGUCGGAAAAGAACUAUAGAAUAAAAACUGCGAUAAAUUGCACAAAAAUGUAUGUAAUACACUCAUUGGAAAUGUUUAUUUCGCAUGUAAAUAUUACGGAAUAAUCUUAAGGCAAAGAAUAUCUGAAAAGUUGAAAUGUUUGCAAUUCUUUAUCUGAAGAAUUGUAAGGGCAUCGUAUUCUUGACUUAUUGAUUACGAUAUCAGAGAUAAAAAUCGUGCCAUUGUGCGGCGACAAAAUGAAGGGAAUAUGCAUGCGCUUUAGUUCCCAUAUUAGUGGAAGAAUAAUUGUUAGAUAAUUCCUGAUGUAUAGAUAAUAUGUAAUAUGUUUCUCUGACAUUAUUGAAAGUACUUAUUCUACUGUUUUUUAGAGCUUUGCUAAAAUUCAAUGCAUUAAUCUUUAUUUUAGGUAUUUUAAAAACGCGGUCUAUUAUUUUUAUUUAAUUUUUUUUCUUUUCUGGCCUUAGAUUUAAUAGUUUUUAUGCAGGUCAUUUUUUUUUCUUUUUUUUGGCCGUGACGAAAAUACAUAUUUUAUUAUCAUUAUUGCAUGUAUAUCAAGUACUUAAUAUCUACUACAUAAAUGAAGAGGUAAGAACAAAAUUUAAUUGUAGUCGAUAUUCAAAUGCCGACUUCAGUUUUUAAUUAUCAGUAAUUACCAUGUAUUAUUAACUUGUAGCAACGUUAAAAGUAAAAUCGCGUACUUUUAUCAAAGUUUAAACGUAUACGUUGUAUACAAUGAAUUUGUAUAAUAUGUUAAAUAGGAUCAGUGUUGUGUCAUAUCGUGUAUUUUAUUAAGUUUAUUCUUUAUUAUACAAGAGAAAAGAUACACAAUGUAUCGCAUCUGUUUUAACAUCUUUUACUGAUCCAACAUUCUCUCCCUUUUUACGUUGUUAAAGCUCUUACAGAAUUAUUGCAUUAAAUUUUAGCAAAGAUUGUUGAAUUUGGCUGUAAAAUAGAUAAUGUAAUUAGUAAUAUGUUUAUUAAAAAAGCGCACCUCGAAAGGUUAAAGUCUCGCGCCACGGCACGUAUAUUGUAGUUAGGUUAUGAAACAGUGUCUAUUCUACAUAUUUUGUAAAUAGAAACUAAUUAAAUAUAUAUACAUAUACAUAUAUAUCUAUAUAUAUAGAUAUAUAUCUAUAUAAUUUAUGUAAUGGAGAUGGUAGACUAUAUGGUAUUGUAAUUUGUAGAAUUAUAAUUACAUGAAGAAAAAUGUAGGCAGGAUUAAGUUUAGAAUAAUUGAAGAUUAUAGGCCUUCAUCAGUAGUGGACUCUUGUGCUCGGGACGGUCCUCCCACCCUUCUCCAAAGUUAAUCCUUUCCUAAAGCGUUAGGAUGCUAUUGUUUGUACAUAAUAUAAUUAUAUCAUCAUCCUAUUAUCUCCCUUGAUUUAUUAUUUUUUAUUAAAUGUUAGCGCACUAGUGGCAAAUAGUAACAUAGGAAGAGGGAAACUUAAAGCCUGGAUUGAUCCUGUAAUGUUUUCGUAACGUUUUAAUGCCUCUACUCCGCUGAUAAGAGCUUGCUUCAGAUUUAUGUUAUAAAUCAUUUUAAUACGUUUUAAAACAAUUUUUAUGGUCGCGUUUCAUGCAAGCCAUUCAAAUUUGAAAAGUAUCGUGUAAUUAUGAGAGUAUUCUAGAGUUUGCAUACGUACGUUUGUGUCAUUUAUCGUUAAGUAUGCAAAUUCCUUUUUAUUUAAUUCGGCUAAAUAUAUCUAAUAAAAUAUCUCUCGUUUAUAAUAUGUUUAUAAAUUAAUCAUAAAACGUUUUAAAGAAGAUAUUUUAUUAUAAAAUAUUUUAGAAACGAAUGCUCAAGGUCUUACUAUAUAUUUAUGCUGCAUGCCCGCAAGAUCUAUUAUGUAUAAAAUUUGUCAUAUAUUUGUGUCUAUACUGUUCAACAAUAAUGGAAAAAAUGCAGCAAGAAAUUGUUUACAUAUUAAGUACUAUUAUUUUAAUCUGUAUGCGCAUGUUUUGUAUAAGUCUUUUAAAAACGUUAUGUUAGAUACAUUCUUAAAUCUGGAUGAAACAGGAUCUUAACAGGGUUUGAAUAUCUCUCACAUUCUAGCCCAUCUCUCAAAGAAUUAAUACAAAAAAAAAUAAAUACUAUAUAUAUUUUGUACUUGCGUAAACUAGCGAACUAUUUUCCAGUAUUUAUAAGAGUCUUUAAAAAUCCUUAUAUCUCCUCUUCCCCCUUAUCUUAUAUGGUGAUGAAAUACGGUCCGUGAUUUAGCAGCCAUGAAUGUGACUGUGAUCUAGGAAAACAGAAGUAAAGUAAAAGUGGCGGCUAUUCUACUGACUAUUUCUUCACCACUAAAUACUUUCUUCCUCUGUGUGUGUUCCCUUCCUCCUUGUAUCUCUUCCUCAAUGUAUAAACGAAAUGCACUAAAUCGAGCGCUUCUUCACACCACUCUUAUUAUUAUUUUUUUUUAUUAUUUGCGUUAAAUAUAUUUUUACUGUGCUUAGCUGCUACGCGAUUUACUGUAAUAUUCAUUAUUCUAUUAUUUCUUGUUUAAUUUUGAAAUAUUUUUAAAACUGUUAUGUAAUUAUAUAUUAUCAGUCACGAUUAAUGUUAUGAAAAUAUAUGAAGCAUACAAAAGUAAAUACCAUAUGUAGAAGUCGUGGACAGUGAGUCUAUGUAUCCAUACAGUAAAAACUUCACGUUGAACAUUGAUACUUUGAUCGCGAUGUACAUGCAUAUACAUGUGUAGAGAUAAAAAAUGAAAUAUAUAAAUACAAUUUUUAUACACACAUACACACAUGUAUAUGUGUGUGUGUAUGUAUAUAUGUAUGUAUAAAAAAUAUAUAUAUAAUUGUGUUUAUACUUUUCAUUUCUAUAUAUAAAUGUAUAAAAUUAUUAAAUGCAAUCGAAUAUGUAUAACAUCAUGGCAUAUAUUAUAUGUAGGAAAGAAUUAUAUAUUUGGCUGAGGCAUUAAAAUCUGCACCAAUCCAA